CGAGUUCUGAUCCCUUCACCAGUGCGCCAUGCCCACAUUCAAGGCAUUUCUCACCUUGGUGCUCGCCGUGCUCACUCCCAUGGCAGCUGCCUCACAGGACACGGUGACGAACCUCACCCUCCACAACCUGUGCGCGUACCCCGUGUGGCCGCUGAUCACUCCGAACAUCGGCCACCCCGCUAUCCCAGACCCGGACGACGCCGCCAGCCGCCUCGACGGGGGUGGCGAGGGGCUCGCCACCCUGGCGUUCCCUUCCGGCGCAUGGUCUGGCCGCGUCGUGGCGCGCACCGGCUGCAGCAGCAGCGACGACUACGACUCCUCCUCCUCGCCGGCGGCGGUGACCAGGUGCGACACGGGCGUGCCGCCGGCGCCGGCGACUGUGACGCAGGUGAGCGUGCAUGGACCCGGCGGGCUGGCGGCGUACAGCGUGAGCCUGGUGGACGGGUUCAACUUGCCGGUGAUGGUGACGCCGCACAGGUUCGAGCAGGGCCAGCACCAACAGUGCCCGUCGCUCGGCUGCGCCGUGGACCUCGACGUGGACUGCCCCCGCGACGCCAGGGCCCCCGCCGGCGGGUGCAGGGCCCAGGGUCAGGGGCACUUCUUCAAGGAGAGGUCGCCGGUGUUCAUCGGCCUCCUGGUGGUGAUGUCUGUGGCCUUGGUGCUACUUCUGCACCACUGUAUCCUGGUCAGCUGCUGCAACGGCGAGAGAAUCCGCAGGCGCAGCCGCCGGCGAGGUGCCACGGCGCGGCAACAAGAACAGCAGCCGGAAGAGAGCGUGGGCGACCUGAGCUCGUCGUCACGGGUGCAGCUGGUGGCGAAGCCGGUGGUGUGCCGGUACCGGAAGGACGAGGAGUGGAGCGAGCCGACGUGCCCGGUGUGCCUUGCGGACUUCGCGGAUGGCGAGGCGGUGAGGGUGCUACCGGAGUGCCUGCACUACUUCCACGCGGACUGCAUCGACACCUGGCUCCGGGCCGGCAACACCAGCUGCCCGAUGUGCCGCGCCGAGACCACGCCCACGCCGUCGCCCAGCCCCGCCGGGUCACUCCACCACCAGCUCUCCCUCGACAUCUCCCUUGAGGACAUCCUAAUCCGCACGUAG